CAGAAGAAGAAGAAGCAGAAGAAGAAGAAGAAGCAGAAGAAGAAGAAGCAGAAGAAACACGCUGAACAGUCGGAAGCCAAAGUCUGAAAACGGUUCACGAAGAACACGUUCACAGCGCCCUGUUAUCCGAGCGAGCCCGUGGGCCGCUCGCGGGACAUGGCCGGCUGUGAGGCGGUGCUCACGGUUCGUCUGGUCCGGUCCUUUGAGCACAGAAACUUCAAGCCAGUCGUUUUUCACGGAGUCAACUUGGACCAAACGGUGCAGAACUUCAUUCAGUUGGUCAGAGACGAUAUCGCAACAAGACGAGGGCUCCCCCCUCCUUUCAAAACAUACGCAUAUGACACAAUGAAGAUUAUCCACCAAGCACAUGGAGCAAAGACUAACGAGUUGGUGAUGAGUUUAGAAGAUGAUGAAAAUCUCAUUCUGCAAGACAACCAAACCCUCAGAGCUGCUGGCGUUGGGAAUAAACCAUGGCAGCACGAAGCCGCAGAAUGAUAGAGGUCCUAAUGAUGAACAUCAGUCCUCGUGCUCGAAUUACGUUGACAGUUUUCACAACUGUGUUCAUUGCAUCGCCAAGCUGGACUGUCUUGGCACAGAGGGCUUCUCGGUGGAUGAUACAGUGCAUUUUAACAGCCUCGCCUUCACUCUCUCACGCCUUGGCGCACGCCAUCGAGGCCAUUCCUCUGCGCUCGCCUGUCAUAGCUGGAGCCCCAUCGGUUGUAACUCCACACAGCUUUAAGUCCCAUCUUGUCGAUUGCUUCUGACGGCACAUGUCCUUCCCCGUUGUUGUCCUUAGAUCAAGCAGCUCCUCCGUGAUGCAAAAAUGAUCGACUCCCCGCAAAACAAUUAACAGCUGUGCGCAUCUGUGCUCUCGUAAAACAUAAUCGAAUAAAAAUCAGGAAACUAUAGCACGGUUCAUGCUAUUGAAACUGUUGUUUCGAGAAGUAAUUGAAUUUAUAGUAUUUUAGUUAUUUCAUUUAUGGCUGAAGGAGGAGUAGUAGAACCGGACUUGGUGGCAGAUUUACUUCCAACGCCAUCCUCAAGGAGGACGUUUGAGGAAAAGCAGGAAAUCGUAGCAUAUGGCCGCCCUACCCCACAGCUAACAGCCUUGAACCAGCAAGAAAAAACAUUUAUGCGUCACUUUCAGUUCGCCAACUACGAUAUUCCUGGAUGAGCAUCGGAGAAGAGUUGCAAACUGUAUUGCUGGGAAGGCCUUUAAUUUGCGACUGAGCGUCUUGGUGUUUACUGCCACUGUGGAGCGGACAUUCUCAGCCUUAAAACGCAUCAAAACUGCCUCCAGAAACGCAACUGGGGAGGCUCGGCUGUCCAGAGGGACCUGCUGGUGGAGCUCCGACACACCGACACACUUUACAACCGCGCCAUCGAACUCUUUCUUCAUAAAGAGAGGAGAGUGGACUUAGUUUUUAAGUGAGCAUCUGGUGAGGUCACUGCUUUUUUUUCUUCUUUUUUUUUUACAUCUGCAGUAGCGUUAAUGUGUCUAUGGUGUUGUGUUUAUUAUAUAGUUAAUUAAUAUCGUUACUUCUGAUGUUAAUAAUAUUUCAAUGCCUUGUUAUUUUCAGUGUACAGUGUUUUAGCCCCCCCGUUUUGUUUAUUUUUUCGUCAUGUUUUGUUAUAAAUAAAUGUGACUAGUUCUUUUAA